GCGACCCCGAGCCGUCCGCGCGCCGCCGCCUUCACGUUCUCGCCUCCCCCGCGCGCGCCGCGGUUGCACUUCCGGCGGGCGGCGCCAUCCCCAUCCGGGGUCAGCGCCCCGCUCCCUUCCUGUUAUUGCCUGUGCGGGAGGCGCCUCUACCCGGGCGGCGCGGGGGUUGGUGCCGCCGCUUCCGCUCGCGUCGGAAAGGAGCCGCCCGCCCAGGGGUGUAGCGGUGACUGUGGGGCGAGUGACGGGGCCGCGAGUGCUGCGAAGCCCUGCCGCGGAGCCCUGCCCUGCCCGCAGGGGCGGCGGCUGAAGGCCGGCUUUUCCGGGCGGAGCCCGCGACGGUGAGGGGAAGAUGACUAAACUACCACCAAGAGAGAAAGGAUGAAAAUGAAAGCCAACGAGCAACGAAAUGGCACAGAGUUGGUACAUGAAGAAACGAAUAGCAAAACAUAUUGCUGACUCUGGAAACUCUGUUGUCAAAUUACUUUGCAAUCCAGCUCUUCAACUCUUCUUUCAUCACCUCUUUUCCAAGCCUUUCAUUGUACGUCACCAGAUAGGAUACUGUCACAAACAGUUGCAAGAGGAGCUGGUGAGGUGAACACGGGAGAUUGAACCUUCUCGAUUGUGUUGCUCAUGGUAGAGGCAAGAGUAACUGUGAGGACUGCAGUUCUUCCUGUGUUCAUUGCAGUUCUUUCCCUGCCCUUCUAACUAUGGGCAGUGGGAGAGGAAAUCUUAACCCUUCUUUGAUACAACUUGGAGGUUCAUCUUGCUGCACCAGAGACAGCUAAUUCUAAAAGCCAAGGUGACAUGCCUGGAGGAGAUAAGCACCAGGAAAAGGCUCGGUAUUGGAGUUCCAGCUCUGCUGCACAGCUGCUCAUGUUGGAUGAAGAUUCAGGCUAGACCAGAGCACAGAACACCUGGAUUCACUCUGCUCCGACUCCUUGUCCUUGUAUGUGUGCCAGCACUUCCUGUUUUCAAAGAUCCUGUUUACUGUCAGGAUUCCAAAUAUCCCAGGAAGGUGGGAGGAUGGGAAGAAACAUGGAAAGAAACAUAAACAGAAUUAUUUAAGGUUGGGUGCUCAGUGAAGUUAAGGAUGGAGAAUGUGCUGAAUGGAUCCUGAAGGCUGUAAUGAGUUGAAAAGACUGAUUUGAUCAGUUUACUCGUAUGAAUCACUGCUUGAAAAACUUCCAGUACAAGGUUAUCUAAAUACUUAAAAAUGCCUCCACGACCAUCAUCUGGUGAACUAUGGGGCAUCCACUUGAUGCCACCGAGGAUCCUUGUGGAGUGUCUUCUCCCAAAUGGAAUGAUAGUGACUCUGGAAUGCCUCCGUGAGGCCACCUUACUAACUAUUAAACAUGAACUCUUUAAAGAAGCGAGAAAAUACCCUCUCUAUCAGCUCCUUCAAGAUGAAUCUUCUUACAUUUUUGUAAGUGUUACACAAGAAGCAGAAAGAGAAGAAUUUUUUGAUGAAACACGGAGACUUUGUGACCUGCGACUGUUUCAGCCUUUUCUAAAAGUCAUUGAACCAGUAGGUAACAGAGAAGAGAAGAUUCUUAAUAGAGAAAUAGGUUUUGCUAUUGGCAUGCCUGUCUGCGAAUUUGACAUGGUUAAGGAUCCAGAAGUACAAGACUUCAGAAGAAAUAUACUUAAUGUUUGUAAAGAAGCAGUGGAUCUUCGAGAUGCCAAUGCACCACAUAGUAGAGCAUUAUAUGUCUGUCCUCCAAAUGUAGAGUCUUCCUCUGAGCUACCCAAACACAUAUACAAUAAACUAGAUAAAGGUCAAAUUAUAGUGGUGAUAUGGGUCAUAGUCUCACCAAACAAUGACAAGCAGAAGUACACCUUAAAAAUCAAUCAUGACUGUGUGCCUGAGCAAGUUAUUGCUGAAGCAAUUAGGAAGAAAACAAGAAGUAUGUUGCUGUCAUCUGAACAACUAAAACUUUGUGUCUUGGAGUACCAGGGCAAAUAUAUUUUAAAAGUAUGUGGUUGUGAUGAGUACUUGCUAGAAAAAUAUCCACUGAGCCAGUAUAAGUAUAUAAGAAGCUGUAUAAUGCUUGGUCGAAUGCCCAACCUGAUGCUGAUGGCUAAGGAAAGCCUUUAUACCCAGCUGCCGCUGGACACCUUUACAAUGCCAUCUUAUUCCAGGCGGAUCUCUACAGCUACACCCUACAUGAAUGGAGAAGCUACAGCCAAAUCCCUCUGGACUAUAAAUAGUGCUCUCAGAAUAAAAAUCCUCUGUGCAACCUAUGUAAAUGUGAACAUUAGAGACAUAGACAAGAUCUAUGUUAGAACAGGUAUCUACCAUGGAGGGGAACCUUUGUGUGACAACGUGAAUACUCAAAGGGUACCUUGUUCUAAUCCCAGAUGGAAUGAAUGGCUCUUGUAUGACAUGUACAUUCCUGAUCUUCCACGUGCCGCUCGGCUCUGCCUUUCCAUCUGUUCUGUUAAAGGCCGGAAGGGUGCUAAAGAGGAGCACUGUCCAUUGGCUUGGGGCAAUAUAAACAUGUUUGACUACACAGACACUCUUGUAUCUGGGAAAAUGGCUUUGAAUCUUUGGGCAGUACCUCAUGGGCUGGAGGAUUUGUUGAAUCCCAUUGGUGUUACUGGAUCAAAUCCUAAUAAGGAAACUCCAUGUUUAGAGCUGGAAUUUGAUUGGUUUAGCAAUCCUGUGAAGUUUCCAGACAUGACAGUGAUUGAGGAACAUGCCAAUUGGACUAUAUCCCGUGAACUGGGGUUUAACUACAGCUGUGCAGGGCUGAGUAACAGAAUAGCUAGAGAUAACGAAUUAAGAGAAACUGAUAAGGAGCAAUUGCGGGCCAUAUGUACACGAGAUCCUUUGUCAGAAAUCACUGAGCAAGAGAAGGACUUCCUCUGGAGCCACAGACACUACUGCGUGAAUACUCCAGAAAUUCUGCCUAAAUUACUUUUGUCCGUUAAAUGGAAUUCUAGAGAUGAAGUGGCCCAGAUGUACUGUUUGGUAAAAGAUUGGCCUUCAAUCAAGCCAGAGCAAGCAAUGGAGCUUUUGGACUGUAAUUAUCCAGAUCCAAUGGUGCGAGCUUUUGCAGUUCGGUGCCUAGAGAAGUCCUUGACAGAUGACAAACUGUCUCAGUACUUAAUCCAGCUAGUACAGGUUCUGAAAUAUGAACAGUAUUUAGAUAAUCAGCUUGUGAGAUUUUUACUCAAGAAGGCACUGACCAAUCAAAGGAUAGGACACUUCUUCUUUUGGCAUUUGAAGUCUGAAAUGCACAAUAAAACUGUAAGUCAGAGGUUUGGUUUACUUCUGGAGUCCUAUUGUCGAGCAUGUGGAAUGUACCUAAAGCAUCUGAGCAGGCAGGUGGAGGCUAUGGAGAAGUUGAUUAACCUCACAGAUAUUCUCAAGCAGGAAAAAAAAGAUGAGACCCAGAAGGUACAGAUGAAGUUUCUUGUUGAACAAAUGAGACGGCCAGAUUUUAUGGAUGCUUUACAAGGUUUUAUUUCUCCUCUGAACCCUGCACAUCAACUGGGAAAUCUUCGGCUUGAGGAAUGCAGGAUAAUGUCAUCUGCAAAAAGACCGCUGUGGUUGAACUGGGAAAACCCAGAUAUUAUGUCUGAAUUGUUAUUUCAGAACAAUGAAAUCAUCUUUAAAAACGGAGACGACUUGCGUCAGGACAUGCUGACACUUCAGAUAAUUAGAAUUAUGGAAAACAUCUGGCAAAAUCAGGGGCUCGACCUUCGGAUGUUGCCUUAUGGUUGUUUGUCUAUUGGUGACUGUGUGGGACUCAUCGAGGUAGUGAGGAGUUCCCAUACGAUCAUGCAGAUUCAGUGUAAAGGAGGCUUAAAGGGAGCAUUGCAGUUCAACAGCCAUACAUUGCAUCAGUGGCUCAAGGACAAGAACAAAGGAGAAAUGUAUGAUGCAGCAAUUGACUUGUUUACAAGGUCUUGUGCUGGCUACUGUGUUGCAACCUUUAUACUGGGCAUUGGUGAUCGCCACAAUAGUAAUAUCAUGGUCAAAGAUGAUGGACAACUGUUUCACAUUGAUUUUGGGCACUUCCUUGAUCACAAGAAGAAAAAAUUUGGUUAUAAAAGAGAGCGUGUGCCAUUUGUCUUAACACAAGACUUUUUAAUAGUGAUUAGUAAAGGAGCCCAAGAAUGUACCAAAACAAGGGAGUUUGAAAGAUUUCAGGAGAUGUGUUAUAAGGCUUACCUAGCAAUUCGGCAGCAUGCCAAUCUCUUCAUCAAUCUUUUCUCCAUGAUGCUGGGCUCAGGAAUGCCAGAACUGCAGUCUUUUGAUGAUAUUGCCUACAUUCGAAAGACUCUGGCACUGGACAAAACCGAGCAGGAAGCUCUGGAGUAUUUCAUGAAGCAAAUGAAUGAUGCUCACCAUGGUGGCUGGACAACGAAAAUGGACUGGAUCUUCCACACAAUAAAGCAACAUGCUUUGAACUGAAAUGAAAGCAAAGAAAACAAGAACUGAUAGCCCGAUUUGUGGGUACUGCACUGUUAAUACCUGUUAGCAGCAAAGACUGGUUGCAUAGGAAUUGCACAAACCACGAACAACAUUAGAAUUCAUGGCAAGAAAGGAGAUGAACUGUACAGACAACUGUUGAAAAAUAAUGUCUAACAGGGUUUCAGAUAGCACUAAAAUUGUACACUUCAAAAAUUAAGCUUUAGUAUGAUGUGUGACUUCAUGUUAUGCCUUAAGCCCAAAAAGGUAAACUUGGAAAAAUGUUUCCUUUUUUCAUUUGAUAGGCUAAAUUAGAAGGAAAAAGAAAAUAGUGCUAGCAUGAACAUAGAGUCCAUCACAUAUUACCUUAGAUCUGGUACAGCAGGUAGAGACUAUGCUGGAUUGAGAAGAGUGCAAAGGGAAUUCAAGCGAUAGCAAAUAUUUAAAUACAGCAUAGUUUGAAGGGAAGUUUUAAGCUCAAAGAUCUAAAAAUGAUAAGUGAGAGGACAGUGCCUUUUAAAUGUGCUCUGAGGCAUUAACAUUAAUGGGGUUUAGAUGACCCUUUGAUUUCUGGGUCUGUCAUCUGCACAGUUUCUGAAAGCAGUAGGAAAUAGGCCCAUUCAGUAUGGUGUUUCUUCUGCUCAGUGUUUCUAGGGGUGGAAUUCAUAACUUCACAAAGAAACUCCCUGUCAUCCUCCAAAACUGACUAACCUGGAAAUUGAAUGGUCGGAGUUGGGUUUAGUGCAACAGAGAGCUGUAGUGUUCAUCUUAGGUUUGCUUUAAUCUAACUUGAACUGAAUAGAUUUUUUUCAUACAUGUUUUCCAGAACCUAAAGAAAGGUGAGUUAUUAAAAUUAUUCAAAGAUUAUUUUUUUAUAAAGGCUAUUUAUAUAAUAGGAACUAUUAUUAAUAUAUAUUCUUUAUUUACAUGAUUGUCCAAUAUUCACUCUUUUAAUUUUGCAGCCCAGUUCUAUCUGUCCAAGACUCCCGUUUCCAUUAACGUCACUGAAGGUGACCAGAUAUACUCCUAGGACCAAACUCAAACCUGGUGAAAGAGGACACAAGUACCAUUGAAGUAGUGGGAGAUACACCCACUAAUGCCAGAAGUAACCAUGGCCUAAGUCUCUCAAAAACAUUUUUGGGCAUCACUCUUCACGUUACUGAAGUGAUAUGCUGACUAUUCAAGGAACGUACAUUUUAACCCUCAAUCUUUGGGUCCACCAUUUCUCCUCUUUCUUCUUCCUUUGGAAGUGGUUGUUUGAUCCAGUAACAGAUUCAUCAGAAACAGCAGUUUAGAUUUUCAAUAUGAUCAAUAAUAAGCAGUUCAACAUACAGCAGAUACGUUGGCUAGCUCAAAGCAUGAGGAGUUACCAAACAUUUUAUAGCUUUGUCUGUUUUGUGUGUGUGUAAUAUAUAUUUGUAAAUCUAGUUGUUGUCCUCUAACACAAUUAAGAUGUGUGCAAUCAAUUAAAUUGGCACCACUUUUUGAAA